AAAAUUCAUGAGAAGAGGAAUAACAGUCGAAUAAUUCAGCAGGGAAGAAAUACCGAAAAAAAUCAAGCAAGAUGUCGUUCUGGGACAAUUUUACCGGCAGAAAAACCACCCGCCAGCUCGGCACUGCGGGCACUACCACCAUCUCCUCCGACCCCCCCUCAGAUGGCGGUGACACCGCCCCAACCACAACUUUCGCACGGCAAAACACUUUCGACCCAUCAGGCAUCUCCUCUGUUAGUUCCUUCCUUACCCCUGCUGUUGCCGACCCAGCAGCCCUGCACCCGCUCGCGGGACUAGACGAAGGCCUCUCGUAUCUGGACCUAGAAGAAACCGCUUUAUCAACCCUCCCCGGCUCACAAACGGCCCUCCCGUCCCGCGGUUUCGGUGAUGACCUCUGCUACGGCACCGGCACCACAUACCUCCUUGCCCUGUCCCUCGGUGGGGCAUGGGGCUUCGCCGAGGGGCUAAGUAGGUCACCACCUAACGCCCCACCACGACUACGCCUAAACGCGGUGCUCAACGCGGUAACUCGACGGGGGCCCUUUCUGGGUAACAGCGCUGGUGUGUUAGCCCUCGUUUAUAAUGGGGUCAAUUACCUGGUCGGGAGGAUACGUGGCAAACACGAUACGGCGAAUAGUGUUGUUAGUGGCGUCGUGGCCGGAGCGAUUUUCAAGAGCACGAGGGGGGUUAGACCUAUGCUUGUCAGCAGUGGGAUUGUCGGCGCCGCGGCGGGGGUUUGGGCGGUUGGGCUGAAGGCUUUGUUGUAGGUGAUUGGCGCUGGAAAAGGGAGGGAUGGAGGAGAUGGAGGGUAGGCCAGGCUUGGGUUCAGAAAUCUCACCUCAUUAUAUGAACGUAACAUAACGUGAUGGCUCCUUUUUUGUUUUUAGAUUGUGUAUAUAAAGGCUUCCUUCUUCUCCUUUACUACGACUCUCUUGGGCUCUUUUUCCCUCUUUUUCUUUUGUCCUCACUUUUGCCGUUGGAGCUAUAGAUAGUUCUUCCUGUUACAUCUUAACCAUGGUUACGAUGCUUAUGGGAAAAAUCCGGCACUUCUGUCUGCCCUAGUUUAUGGUGGCCUAAGUUGGUCUUGAUGUAUUAUUACUUCCUUGGAUUUUACCUUUCCCUUUCUUCUCUUUCACCUUUGGUUUGGCUGAAGCUGGUGCCGGCAUAAUAAUCGGUUUGAAGUGUGGUGCUUUGUCUGAGCAUAGGAUAUCAUGGGUUGUCACUCGCAGUGUGGUGUCCCGACAGCCCAGUUGACAAUGCAUGCGCCUUCUGCAGCGGAAUUGUGGGGAGGAAGGUGGGGAAGAGACGCCAACGUUAGGUCUUGGUAAUACCAUAUCUUUAGUCAGGGCCGCAUGUCAUUCACCACUUCACAACCUUUUUUGCUCGAA